AUGGAACAAACUGUGAAACAAGUUGGCCAAGAUAUGCGGAAUGAUGCUGCACGCCAGCACAACAAGAAGUCUCGCGAAAGAUGGUGGAGGCUUGAAGAACUGUUUAACAAUGCAGGGAACAAACCUUCUAAAGCAUCGCCAGUUGUGUGGUUUCCAGCAACUAUAGGCGACUUUGAAGAUUUGCGUGAUCAAUAUUACUAUAGCAGUAAUAAGGAGGAGAGCGAAAAUUCAAAAAG